AUGCAUUACAAAUCUUUUGCUGGUCUCCUCCUGGCCGCCCCAGCCCUGGCAUCCCCGAGUUAUGAGUACGAAGAACCUUCCGUGCCAUCACUAGCUUCUGGCUCCGUGCCACCUCCAUAUUAUGAUAUUCCCUUAUCUGCCAUUCCUGUGAUUGCAUCUGCUAUUCCGAGUACGUGGGUUGAAAAAAUGAUGGACGACCCCGCCGCACGGCAGGCCAUGAUCGAUGCCAUAGAGUCGGGCGCGUACCCGCCAUGGUAUUAUGAGUUGCCCGCCACUAUCAAACUGUACGCCUCCAAAGUCGCCGUUGAGCAACUAUAUUACUUCAACCAAGCUCCACCGACAGUGGUUCCAUCUAUCAGCACUCCCAUCAUUACGCCAACGAGCUGGUGGUCCGUCAGUCCCAGCCCGGCUGUCUACACCACCACGCCUGCCCGUUCCAGCUCGACUCCUCUCCGGACGAGCUCAAGAACCGGCUCUAGUACCACUUCAGGCUCUGGCAGUAGCACUUCUUCAGGUUCCGGCUCUGCAUCUUCUACCGUGGGCGGUGCACCAGCUGCAACAGCCGGUGCCGCGACCCUUGCUGGGGCCGGUAUCGCCGCUCUGUUUGGUGUUGCCCUGGCACUGUAG